AAAUCGGAAAAAAUUCAUAUAUAAUGGUAAUUCAGCGCAGCUGGAAAAUUCUUAGCGAUUCGGCAAGCACAGCGAAUAACAACACAACAAGCAGCGAUGUGCAACAACGUUCGCCUGCUGCACUGCAGGCAAAUUCCUCCUCGGAUGACUCGGAUUGUUCGAAUCAGACCACACACUCCAUGGAUACACGUGUGGCCAGUCCCAUCAAGCAGCCAGAGACGGAAGCAACAACGGAAACGACAACGCUGAUUAUAAAUGGAACAGAGCCCGCACUGAAAUAUGUAACCACCUCAGACAUGGCAGAGAGCAUGCUGCAACGCAUCCGGCAACGUUACAACGGCGUCCACAAUACGGAAAGCGGCGGCAGCGCCGAGUCUGCCAUGCGGGCACUGGAGCUGCUGAGGAUUAGCGUACAGCAGUCGUUUGAUGCGGAGGUCAAUGAUAUUAUCAAGCGCUAUAUGAACAACUACUUUAAGCCCGCUUUUGGCAACAUCAAGGAGAAUCUUGGUCAACACGCUGUCAAUGAGGAAACACUGCAAAAGAUGUCCUCCUGUGCUUUGCUGGAAAAUGCCAAGGCGCAGUAUACAAACUUUGUUGUGCGACAGCAACGUGCCACAGCAUCAGUCACAACAGUGGGCACAGAGCAGCAGCGAUUGGCGCUUAAGCGACCAGCGAAGCCCAAUGAAUAUGGCAACAAUAAUAGCAGUAAAAUGUAUGCCAACAAUUUGGGAUAUGCUGUGGCAGCAGCCAAACCUAUGCCCUGCACGGGAAAUCCGUUACCAGCACAACAACAACUUCAACUACAGCAGCAGCAGCAACAAACGCAGCAACAACACCAACAGCAGCAACAGUUGCAGCUGCAACAGCAACAGGCAAUGCAAUUGCAACGCACAGCUAUUGUGAGUGGACCUUUGCCGACGCCUGUGCGUCGUCAGAUUUUCUGGAAUACCGCACAGAUCUCAACGAGCACAAAGUUUGUGCUGGAUGUGCAGGCGAAUCUGGCCUUUGGCUUUAGUAUCGAUGGCAAGGAACUGGGCGGUGCCAGAUUAGCCAGCAAGCAUCCCGAGAUCAUAAGAUAUCUGCCUGAUGCAGAGGAUCGCGAGUGGUUAUCGGCACGUGGGAUUAUUCCCGCCGAGAAUCGUAGCUCACGUUUCUUGUUUCUCAUUUACGACGAGGUUUGUCGGCUGCAGCAAACCCAUGAGCUCUAUCGGCACAAGACCAACAUUGAUCUCAGCAUGAUGUUAACAUUUAAUGUAACCGAGACUAUGAUACAGAAAAUGAAAUUGUUCUUUGUGGAUCUGAACAUCAAGAGUCGUGGUCUGAUAACCAACUCGUUUAUUAUGUCCAACAAUCAGCAGCAGCAACCGCAGCAACAACAACAGCAACCACAGCAGCAGCAGCAGCAACAAGUUGUAAACAACAGCAAUAACAACAGUCAUUUGCGUAAUGCUCUGCUUCAGGGCGUGCCAGUUGCACCUCAAGCACAGUCCACCCAACAGACAACGACGCCCAUAGCUGGCGAGGAUUCAGUGUCGAAGGAUCUGCCUGCCGCAUCCGCAUCGCCUUGUUUACAGGGAACCGUUGUCGGCAGCAGCACCACCAAUCCCCUGAAAGCCAAGUUAAUUGCCAGCAGCAGCUCCGCACUCAGCUCAUCUCAUGCCACGCUCACGGCUCUACUUAACCAGGGAGGAACUGUCGCCACUGCGACACCACCCAACAAUAAAUUUCGCAAUUAAUCAGUUCUAAUUAAAUAUUUAUUCAGACUAGUAAUAAGCUUUUAAGUAGUUUGCUGUUAGCAAUUCCGUAUCGAAUUGUUGCAACUUCUUGUAGUUUUUCAUUUUAAUUUAAAAUAUUAAAUUAUACUUUGUAAGUUGUAAAUGAAAAUCUUUUUGUUUACUGUUCCAAAGUCAUCAAUCAACCAAAUUUAUUUUCUAUAAUGAAUACAGUUUUGUGUCAACUAAUAAGUUUGUAAGAAUAAUUUAUAGUUCUUCGAAAAAACCUCUCAAAAAAAUCUGUCAACACCCGUCAAAUAUUGUUGAAACUUCUGGUAGUUUUUCAUUUCAAUUUAAAAUAUUGACUAUAGAUUCUAUAGAAAAGUUGUUUUCUUUUCUAUGCCCCAAUUAGUUUGCAACCAUUAAUUAUUAUUAUUAUUAUGACUAAUAAUAUUGUAAAUAAUUAUUUUGGGAAAGAUCGCAAGCGUCAAGGUCUUUGGUUCAAUUUUAUUUUCUAUAAUAAAUACAUUUUUGUGUAAACUCAAAAAUCUGUAAGAA